AAACGCAUAAAAAGCGUUGCUUUUAGAGCGCGACGUCUUUUCCCGUAAUAUUUCUUGAUUUAUCCAAGACUUAAACAACAACAAUGUCUGGUAAAGGGAAACGCACUUAUGAAUCUUCUACAUUGCACGUUAGCAGGAGAAAGGGACAGAAGCAUCUGUCUCAAGUACUUUCUUUCUAUCGUUACAAAAAAAAUAGAUGAACUUGUCCUUUACGACGCUGCUGUUUGCCCAUUCUGUCAUCGCGCUGCCAUCGCGUUCAAGGAGACAGGUUUAAAGUAUAAGCGUGUUGAAAUUGACUUGGCCAACAAGCCUUCCUGGUUUAAGGAUGUUAUUCCUGAUGCUAAGGUUCCUGCUCUCGCUAUCCAAGGCACAAUCAUCUCCGAGUCCCUUGUUCUCAUCGAACUCGCCAACGACUUGCAGCCUGAGAAGGGUUUGCUUCCCCGAGAUCCAGUGAAACGUGCUCAAAUUCGAUUUGCAAUUGAAUACUUCUCAUCCAAAGUUAGCUCUGUAUGGUAUAACUUCCUUAUGCACGAAUUUAAAAAGGAGAACCUUGCAAAGUGCAUUGAAGGCCUUGAAGCUGGAUACACUCGCAUCAAUGAAUUAUUACUUGAACAAGCUCCCUCUGGCCCUUACUUUCUGGGAUCCGAGUAUUCACUUGCUGACAUUGCAAUCGCGCCGAUUGUCGCUCGUCAGGCAGCCGGUUUUAAGGCCUUUUUGAAUGGCCUUGAGAUUGAAGCUGUCAAGAAAUAUCCUCGUCUUCAGGAAUGGUUGGAAGGCAUCGUCAGUAGACCCACCUUUAAGGAAACCUACCCUGGUGAUGAAAUUGUUAUUAACUUUUACAAGAAGGAGUGGAAUGUUUCUAGUCUUUUAGACUAGAGCAUUUUGUAACCAUAUCUCUAUAGUUUUUUUUCUUUUUGUACUUUUUAUUACAUUCACCAGCCCUGGAUGUAAAAUCACCUGUUGUAUAAAAACAAUCAAUAUAUAUAAUUGCG